GAAAACAAUUCUUUAGUUAUGGCCCAUGGUCCUAUUGUAAAGCUUAUAUUGGUCUUAAGAAUGUGUGAGUUAUAAAAAAGGCCUCCUUGACUUUUGGAGAAAAUAAAAUAAAAAGUGUACGGAAGAGGGGGUGAGAGUUUCUUUUCUGAGAGUGUCAGAUCUGAGAGCGAAGGAAGGAUGCGAGUGGGUGACAAUCGGUAAUAGAGAGCAUCAUAGAAGCCGCGUGACCUCAUAUCGAAUUGAGAUGGAGGAAGCUGCUUCUGUGGGCGAUGCACAUGCACGGGGGAAGCACAUGAUCCUUGCGGAGCUUGGUCGUGUGGAACAGGAAGUCAGAUUCUUGGAGGUUGUAGACUGUUUUCUAAGAACUGGCUCAUGUGUUCGAAAUCUAUUCUCCGUUGAUUUUUGCUUACCUCAUUCCUUCUUAUAUACUUGUGAUCAUAGUCCAGCUCCCCCUUUUCUCAUUCAUAUGAUGUGCUUUUCAAUCUUGGAUUGUAUGUGUGCACUCUUUUGUGUCUUCAUCUUUGAAUUUCCCCAGAAUUCGUUGCUAUUACUCUCCAGAAAAAGUUGGAAGAGCUCGGCCAGACAGAUAGUGUAUCAACCCAGUGUGAGGAGCUGCUUUGUGUCAUCGAGAAAUCACCUGACCCUCUCUUGCCACUGACCAAGGGACCUUUGAACUUAGGAUGGGACCGGUGGUUUGAAGCACCAAAUGGGGGAGAACGCUGCAGAUGCUUUAUACUUUGAUUCAUGAUAGUAAAAUGUAGUAGUUACUAUAUAGGCUUGGCAUUUUUGGUGGUAAAAUAUCUUUAACAUGGGACCAAACUAUUAUCAAAAUGUGUGUGUUUCAACAUUGUGUGCAUCUUCCCUUACUAGUAAAAUCGUACAGGUUACGAUGAGCAUUGGAUUGUAUAUAAUGGUUUAGUUGCACGUAUGUAAACAGUAUAUGUUUAAUUUUGUCUGUAUGAGAUCCGAGCAAUGGUGUAUUAGCUUCUCAGGAGCAUUUUCUUUCU